CCGAAUCUCUACGUGGAAAUUUAUCUUGCACCGAAACAGAGCAUCGCUUGUAAGCCCCGCCACGAGGAGCUCCCUAUCACGUGACUGCGCUGCAAGCCAUCUCAGCACCGAGACUCUACUUUACUAACAGCUUUGACGCCAACGUGUUUUAGUAAAAAGAGAAAAACAUAUAUUUCAUUCAAAUUCCUUUCCCUACGAGGAUGUGAGAAGUUUUGGAUUACACACCAGAGUGGAUGCAUUACAUCUUAGUUUUUAAUCAGACUUCUGAGAGCACAUGGAGUUUGGAGGCUGCGGAGAGCGCGCGUGCGGCAGCGCAAUGAGCCAUGAAACGUCUCGCAGCGUUUGGAGACUCUGAACGGGAAAGAGGUCAACUGUAUGUCAUGUCCUGACAUGAGAUGAACCUGAAUAGCUACACAUACAGGCUGUGGAGGGAUUUCCAUACAGAAACCAGUUCAAGAAUGAGGAGUAAAUAUGUUAUUUUCAUCAUCUGCAUUGUGGCCCUGGUCAUCAUUGAAAAGGAAAACAAUAUUAUCUCAAGGGUCUCUGACAAGCUCACUCACAGACAGACACAACAAACCCCAGAGCCUUUUUCAUUCUUGAAUGGCUCCAGUUUGUAUGAUGGCGAGAUGAGUAUAAAUUCCACACAGCUUUUAGAUCCAGACCAGGCUGGCCAAAAGCACAUUCUUUUAUUGGCCACCACUCGCACUGGAUCCUCCUUUGUAGGUGAGUUUUUUAACCAGCUAGGUACCAACAUGUUCUACCUAUUUGAGCCGCUGUGGCAUGUAGAGAGGACACUUUCACAGGACACAGGGAUCCCCAAUUCCAACAUCUCAUCCGUUGCAUACCGGGAUGUGCUGCUAAGCCUAUUCUUGUGCAACUUCUCGCUGCUGGAGAGCUUCAUCAGCCCACCUCCUCUAGAGCAUGUCACUCCAGCUCUGUUCCGCAGAGAGUCCAGCAUGGCUCUGUGUGAGGAGCAGGUGUGUUCGCCAGUGCAGAGGAAUGUUUUUGAGAGAUAUCGCUGCAGAAUGCGCCGCUGUGGCCCUCUCAACUUCACCUUGGCCUCAGAGUCCUGUCUGAGGAAGAAGCACAGGGCCAUCAAGACAGUUAGGGUUCGGCAGCUGGAUUCACUCCGUUUACUAAUUGAAGAUCCUAGGCUGGAUAUUAAGGUCAUACAGCUGGUGAGAGACCCCCGUGCUGUCCUGGCCUCAAGAAUGGUAGCCUUCUCUAGCAAAUACCAGACUUGGAAAAGUUGGGCAGCAAAUGGAGAGAUACCCUUUGAUGAUGAAGAAGUGAAAAAACUCCAGGGAAAUUGCAAUCAAAUCCGUGAGUCUGCAGAGCUGGGCUUAAGCCAACCGGAUUGGCUGGAAAAACGAUAUAUGCUUGUGCGAUAUGAGGACAUAGCAAGAUAUCCUAUGCAGAAAGCGGCUGAGAUGUACAGGUUUACCGGGGUCCCAUUUACAUCGCAGGCAAGGGAAUGGAUCAUUAAGAACACGCAUGCUUCAGAGGUUGCCAGUGGAGUGUACUCUACACAGAAGAACUCUUCAGAGCAGGUAGAAAAGUGGCGUUUCAGUAUACCCUUCAAAUUAGCCCAAGUUGUGCAAGAGGUUUGUGGGCCGACUAUGGAACUAUUUGGAUAUCGAUUUGCUGACAGCGAGGAGACACUAGUUAAUAAGUCUAUUAGUUUGCUUGAAGAAAAACAGUUUAAUGUUUCAUAUGUUACAGAUUUUAACUCAUAGAUUUAGCAGCAUUUGCAUUUGCAUUCACUGCUCUUCAACAGCGCAGUGAAUGUAUUUUAAAUCCAUAUAUACCACACUGGAGUACAGAUGUUGUAUGCCUUUAGCACUCUCCUCAUGGUUUAACUUUAAUCAAAGUGCUUUCAGUUUGGUCCACUAAUUAAGGUAUUGAAUGAUUUCUUAAUUAUAUUUGCUGCUUGUGUUUGAAAAUGGAUUUUAUUUGUAUAAGUAAAUUAGGUGGUUGUUUUCAGUCCUGGAGACUCUUUUAGCCAAAACAUCUUUCCCCAAGUUGUUUUAGCGUCUUUAAUAUUUUCUUUUAAAAUGUUGUGAUGAUGGACUGUGAAACUGUGUUCUUAAACAACAUAAAUGUGCGUUUACUGUUUGUGUUCUGAACACAAAAUGGAGUCAAAGCCAGAGAAUGAGACUUUUGCACAAAACUAAUGGAACUAAUGGAUACUAGAUAAUAUUUCAAAGCAGCAACUGUUAAACACAUAAUAAAUUUUAACAGGUCUUCCCUCAA